CUUGAAGAGAGGGAGAAAGAGAGAGGUGAGGCUCUCAAAGUGUCAUUAUGGUCGAAAUAUCUAGGAAUGAGUCUCUGCAGGAAGCACUCACUGCGGCACUGCCCAAAGGUGUCUCGUUCACCUUCUAUCACUACUCGACACCUCCGACCAAUUCGCCCGCACUCUUCAGUGCGCCGCCGCAACACAAACCCGAACGAACCUACUGCGAGUCGCACUUUUUGGCUGCAUCGAUAACUCCAGCGAAAUCGCAAACGGCUGUUCCUUCUGAUGAGCUACUGGUACUUGCGAUUGAAGUUCUGGUCUACUCAACGAAAGCCUUGACUACCAUCUUUGUCUCGAAAGCCGACUCGACCGGCUAUCUGACAGAGCUUAAUCUUCCACGCUCACAGGGGGCGUCACCUCCUAAGACAAUAUGCAGUACAUUUGUUUCUUGGUUGGCACGGAGGAGACAGCGUCCGGGGAAGAAGUUGGUAGUUUCUCUAUUUGCAAGAGCCCAGGAUCAAUAUUUGUUCCCUGCCAGCAUCGACAAUCCACAGAAACAUGUUUUGGACGACCGAGGCUUGAUAAAGUGGUGGUGUAAGGUAUUGAAUCCGCUUUUGGCUGAAUAUGCGCCGGAAGAGGACGUCAAGCCUCUCACGGAGCGGUUGAAGGAUGUCAAGGACAAAGCUUCGAACAACGGGGGAUUACGCACAGAAGAGCGUGCCACUUCGAAAGGAUAUCUCGUUAUACCUGGAUAUGAAGAACACGAAACAUUACGAUAUGUGUCUUCCCCAUCAGAUCGGAGCUCACAGCGCCGGUGGGCAGCAUCCCAUCCAUUGCUACAAAUCGCCCCCUAUCCUGGCGCCCCGCCACGUUGUCUAGUACCUCAUUUCCCCGAUGAUCCCAAAUCCAGGUUCCUCGAUGAAUUGGAUGAAGAGCUUCCGGAUGCACGUGCAGAGGAGAUGACCCAACAAGGAGGAACACCAAGUCGGAGUAAUGGCCAGUGGAAGAGCAUAAAGAGCUUGGAUCAGUUCUGGGAAACCAUGGCUUACCGGCAAGAGUGCUCUUCGGGUCGCAUAGUUGGGUUUAUUUGGGUGGUUAUCAAACAACCGAAGGACUCUCUCAAGGAAGAAGAGGGGGAGGAUGGGGAGGAAGGUUCAUCGCAAUCUCAGUCGCAGUACGAUUCGAAACCGAGCUCCUUCUCGCAGCCUACAAACACAACGAGAGGAGAGCACACAUCAAAGCCGAGGCGAAGGAAGACGAAUACCAACCACGGACCAAUUCCACUUCUGAUACCCAGGAUCAAAACCAACAGCUCUGAUCUAUCUUCUGCAUCAAUUGGAUCUACAGGGGCCUCAAGGAUUCCACCAGAGUCAACGGCUCACUUCACCUGGCCCGCAAAUACCCGAGGAACCAUCUUAUUCUCCGCUACAUCAUAUAACCGAGCGCAUGAAAUAAUGUUACAACAAAAUUUCGCGACACGAACUGCUGCAGCGAGAAGCACUAAAAGGUGGAAAGAUGAGGUUGCCGUUCUGGGAGGAGUCGAUAAGUGGGGAUGGGAAGUUACUGGACAGCACGAAGCCCAGACUCAAGCUUCAAGUACUGAGGGUGCAGCUCCAACAAUGAUCCUGGGAGUCAGAAAAAAGAGAAAGCCUGAGCCAACGACGGAGGAGCCGAGUGUACACGCAAACACGAACAGCGUACAGCACCUUGGGGAGAGUCUUGUCAGGAAGAAGCCAAAGGUUGGGGACGUGACUUCGUCUACUGAAAGCAUAAAUAGUGGUGCAAAUGAUAUCAAUGUGCUGAGUGCGGGAUUGGUUCGCAAGAAACCAAAGCAGUAGGACGAGGAGAGAGCUUUGGGGUCACAUUAUGUUUGCAUUUUCGGUGUUUGAUUUUUGGUCAUUGCAUAUCUUGCAAGAUCAGCAUGGACUGGAUAGCGAUCUAGCAUUUUCGCCCACAGAGGGUAUGGAGUUGGUUAUGGGGAAUGGGGAUUUGGACGUUAUUUGUGCUCUUCCGAGUACUCCGUACCUACUUGCGCUAUUAUUAGGUCGAGCAACAGAGUGCAAGGCUCGCACAGGUGGAUUACCAGACAAUUGGGACGCACAAAGUAUGAAGAAUCUAUUAAUUCAACGAUUAC